UGCAGGGCUACACUGGUUUCGGGAAGGGGGAGGCUUUCCCUGUCCAACCCCAUGGAGGUCCUGAGCCCUGGAGCUGGUUUGGGUUGGGCGGGGAGGUCCAUAUGUAACACCCUCUCUCUCUCUUUCCCCCCCCCCCCAACUCCUAGCUGGUGGCGGACAGGGCCAAACAGCUCCGCUUCCUCCACGCUGUGCCGCGUCUCUGGUUCUCGGCACAGAAGCAGGGGCGGGACACCCUGGAGCCCCCGGUCUCCAAAGCGGCCCUCGUGGAGAGCAUUGCGGAGCUGAUUGAAAAUCGCCCUGGUCCGUCAGAGCCAAGCUCCAGCUUGCAGUUUGCAGCCUCAGCAAACUGAAGCCACCACUCUCCCUGCAGCUAGAAUCUUGCCUCCUGCGGGCUCUUCUGAACAGGAUGUACACCCUGGGCACUGGGCAGGACACCACACACUUCCGGGCUCUGUACAUCAACUAUUCGCGGAGGCUGGACAUCCUGCUCAGGGGCCUUCUGACAGAGACCCCCACCGUGGAGAAGCUGCAACACCUCCUGGAGCACGUCCAUCCCUCUCUCCUGUCAAACAACACCCAGGAGAGAGCCAGGGCCGUACAGACCAGCGCGGCCGUGCUCCAGUUUGCCACCUCCCUGCCUGGAUUUGACACCUCCUCCGCCUUCUCCAAGGCAGGUGAAUUCGUGCUGCAGCUGGGUCUCUGUGUAUCCCACCCAGCCAGUGACAUCAGUCGGCAUGCCAGGGGUGGGAUAUAUUGGCUUUACUGGCUCCUGCUUCAGAAGAGGGGGCUCAACACCAGAGAGGCCCCAGACCUGUGGUGCCGGGACGGGCUCCAUGACCCCGAGCGCCUGGGGUAUAGAAAUCUGGCCAGGGUGGGAGAGGUCUUUGGCGAGCUCUUCACGGAGAAGCAGAAAAGAUCUUUCCUCGAGGCGGGGCUGCUGGCCAUCCACGACCCCCUACUCCGCGUCAGCCAGGCUGGCCUGGUGCUGACCUAUUCCAUCUUGGGGGAAGCCGGCCAGCUGCUAGAGGACGAGGGGGACAUCACAGCCAACAUCAUGGUCCAGCUGUUUAAUAUCAGGGUCUUGGGCCAGGUGCCCGAUGCCCUGCAGGGGCUGUGCUCCGUGGGGCAGCCUUGAAGACCCCCCCCUCGCAUGACCAGCUCCCAACCCCUGCCGCAGGUACUGCUCUGUCUCACUGUGCCUGGGGGGAAGGGCUGGGGGGAGCGGCCAUAGAGCCCCCCGCAGCACUGAGAGAAACCAAGGCCGAGCACCUCGCUCUGGACACCCUGCCCCA